UACUGCUCGCAUACUGAAAUAUAUUAGGCUACAUCCUUUUUUUGAUCUACGAGGGAGUGUUAUUUAAAGUGGCAAAUUGCAAUUGUGUUUUUGAGAAAGACGUCUAGCAGGGCAUUUUUGUUUCGCUAAUGAAGGUGUAUAUAAGUAAAGCGAAAUAGAAGAUAUAAAAAUAACGACAAUUUUAAAGGAGAAAGCUGAUCCCUUCAGUUCUCACGACAUAUUGGUUGGGAUCUUACUUAUAGAAGAGAAUUUCAGGAUGAAUAGGAAGCUGAUUGAAUGCACUUUGGCGUUGGUAAUCAUUCUCUGUAUGAUUUCAGAAAGCGAACCAUUUCCAGCGUAUCUACUUAAGAUGAGCAAAAACUACAAAGCACCAAAAGGAGACGAAAUGAAACGUUACUUGAAUUAUCCUUUAAAAGAUUAUUUCAGUCUUUUUGAUUCUGAUAACGAAGAUCAAGACACUUUGAGGCAGCGUCAAGUUUUAGAGCCAGGUUAUGGGUUGAGCAAAGAGAUGUUAGAAGUAUUAAAGGGUAGAAAAAAGGAAAUAGAAGAUUACAUGUUCGAGCUAUUGGAUAUAUAAAAUAUAUAGAGUAUUACUUUCGUAAUUUCGCAAAAAAUAUGAAGUAGAAACAAAAAUUAA